AUGAAUUUCAGCCAGUUGCUAAUGUUUGCGCACGUAAAUUGGCUGAACUGCUCCGAGAACCGUUCACGCCCUGUUCCAUGCGUGGCAUUCGUGUUCAGCACACUUAUUCUAAUUUUCUGUCCAACACUGUCUAAAAAUAAGACGAAGGUCUAUCGAAUACUGCCAAUUGCUGAGGUGGAAGUGAACGAGCGUGACUGUGAAUCGGCGCAGUCUCAAUAUAUCUUUGUUCUAAUUCACAUCGGUUCAUCACGCGAACCUCUCUAUCAUUUAUGUUGCUGUCAAGCGGAAGUCAAAAACCACUUUAUCAAAUCCAUCCGCAAAGCUGCUGCAACAAUUGCGUAA